UUGGCGCUGUGGCGGAAGGAGGGCGGUGAGGAGCGGACCGCAGACCGGUUUCUCACCGAUACUGAGGAGGACGCCAACCCGGUGAACAGCCGGUAUCUGUGUGAUAAAGAACAACCCCGGAGUGUCACGUUAACCCAGCGGGACGACGAACUGUGCCGCUGACACGGUGAAUAUCGGUGUCGUGUCGCCGGUCGGCUGCUGGUUGUCAGCAGCUAAAGCUAACCGGAGCCGUUAGCUUCUCCGCCGCCGCGAAACUCCGCCAAGUUCGGGUCCAAGCUGCCACAAACACCGUUAACACACCGGAGAACCGUAUUUUUUAUCCGGUUACGGUGGAAAGAGCGACACAGGACGGACGUGUCGAUAUUCGGUUCAACUUUUCAGCUGUCAUUUUCGGGGGAGAGAGGAACUUCCAGCCGGAGGGGGGGAAACCCGAGCGGGCCGGUUCCACAUCACCGGGGAGCAGUGAGCGGAGAGCGGGCAGAGGAGAGCCGCGGGGAGCAGCGGUGACAGCUGACGCAGGACCAUCGACCACACGGUGCCGGUUCUUCCGGACAGAGACCUCAUGAAUGGAAAUCGGAACAACAGGAGCAGAUGAAGCCCAAGCCCUGUUUUCGUUGCCACGGCGACCCGGCUAUGGCACCAUCGGGAAGCCCAUCAAGCUUCUGGCCAACUGCUUCCAGGUGGAAAUCCCCAAGAUCGACGUCUGCCUGUACGAGGUGGACAUCAAGCCGGAAAAAUGUCCCCGACGGGUCAACAGGGAGGUGGUGGACUCCAUGGUGCAGCAUUUCAAGGUGACCAUCUUCGGUGACCGGCUGCCAGUUUACGAUGGGAAGAAAAGCCUAUAUACGGCCAGCCCACUGCCAGUCGCCACCUCUGGGGUGGAUCUGGACGUCACCCUGCCAGGUGAAGGUGGGAAGGACCGACCGUUUAAAGUCACCAUCAGGUUCGUGUCGCUGGUCAGCUGGCACAUGCUGCACGAGGUCCUGACGGGACGAGGAGUUCCAGAACUGCUGGACCUGGAGAAACCGGUCAGCACCAACCCGGUCCACGCUGUAGACGUGGUCCUCCGACAUCUGCCCUCCAUGAAGUACACUCCUGUUGGACGGUCCUUCUUCUCCUCCCCAGAGGGCUACGACCAUCCGCUGGGUGGAGGCAGGGAGGUUUGGUUCGGCUUCCAUCAGUCGGUCCGGCCGGCCAUGUGGAAGAUGAUGCUCAACAUCGACGUGUCCGCCACGGCGUUCUAUAAAGCCCAGCCGGUCAUCCAGUUCAUGUGUGAGGUUCUGGACAUCCACAACAUUGACGAGCAGCCGCGACCUCUCACCGAUUCCCACAGAGUCAAGUUCACCAAAGAGAUCAAAGGUCUUAAGGUGGAAGUGACACACUGUGGAACCAUGCGUAGGAAGUACCGAGUCUGCAACGUGACGCGGCGUCCUGCCAGCCUCCAGACAUUUCCGCUGCAGCUCGAGAAUGGCCAGACGGUGGAGAGAACGGUGGCGCAGUACUUCAGAGAGAAGUACAACCUGCAGCUCAAGUAUCCUCACCUGCCCUGUCUGCAGGUGGGACAGGAACAGAAGCACACCUACCUGCCGCUGGAGGUGUGUAAUAUAGUUGCUGGGCAGCGCUGCAUUAAGAAACUGACUGAUAACCAGACGUCCACAAUGAUCAAAGCCACGGCUCGCUCUGCACCGGACCGUCAGGAGGAGAUCAGCCGGCUGGUGCGGAGUGCGAACUACGAGGCCGACCCGUUCGUCCAGGAGUUUCAGUUCCGGGUUCGGGAUGAGAUGGCUCAGGUGACGGGCCGAGUCCUGCCGGCCCCCAUGCUGCAGUAUGGCGGCAGGGUGAGCUCUGAACCCUUUAUGCAGAUCAACCCUACACUGUCGUUGCAGAACCGUACGGUGGCCACACCGAGCCACGGCGUCUGGGAUAUGAGGGGGAAGCAGUUCCACACUGGAGUGGAGAUCAAGAUGUGGGCCAUCGCCUGCUUCGCCACCCAGAGGCAGUGCAGGGAGGAGAUCCUCAAGAGCUUCACCGACCAGCUGCGCAAAAUCUCUAAGGAUGCUGGGAUGCCGAUCCAAGGUCAGCCAUGUUUCUGUAAAUACGCCCAGGGAGCCGACAGCGUGGAGCCGAUGUUCAGACACCUGAAGAACACCUACGCCGGGCUGCAGCUCAUCAUCGUCAUCCUGCCGGGAAAAACACCCGUCUAUGCUGAGGUAAAGCGGGUCGGAGAUACCCUCCUCGGCAUGGCCACCCAGUGCGUCCAGGUGAAGAACGUGGUGAAGACGUCGCCUCAGACGCUCUCCAACCUCUGCCUGAAGAUCAACGUCAAACUGGGAGGCAUCAACAACAUCCUGGUUCCUCACCAACGACCAACUGUGUUCCAGCAGCCGGUCAUCUUCCUCGGUGCUGAUGUCACUCAUCCUCCAGCAGGAGACGGGAAAAAGCCGUCGAUUGCAGCGGUGGUCGGCAGCAUGGACGCCCACCCCAGCAGGUACUGUGCUACAGUUCGGGUUCAGAGGCCCAGACAGGAGAUCAUCCAGGACCUGGCCUCCAUGAUUCGAGAGCUCCUGAUCCAGUUCUACAAGUCGACCCGCUACAAGCCGACCAGGAUCAUUUUCUACAGGGAUGGAGUGUCGGAAGGCCAGUUCAGACAGGUGCUGUACUACGAGCUGCUGGCCAUCAGGGAGGCCUGCAUCAGUCUGGAGAAGGAAUACCAGCCAGGGAUCACCUACAUCGUCGUACAGAAACGCCAUCACACUCGACUCUUCUGUGCAGAUCGCAACGAGCGGGUUGGACGAAGUGGAAACAUUCCUGCCGGUACCACCGUGGACACCGACAUCACCCACCCCUACGAGUUCGACUUUUACCUCUGCAGUCACGCUGGAAUCCAGGGAACCAGCCGACCGUCACACUACCACGUUCUCUGGGACGACAACUGCUUCACCGCCGACGAGUUCCAGCUGCUCACCUACCAGCUGUGCCACACCUACGUCCGCUGCACGCGUUCAGUCUCCAUCCCAGCACCCGCCUACUACGCCCACCUGGUGGCGUUCCGCGCCCGCUACCACCUGGUCGACAAAGAGCACGACAGUGCGGAGGGCAGCCAUGUCUCCGGGCAGAGUAACGGCAGGGACCCCCAGGCUUUGGCCAAGGCGGUCCAGAUCCACCACGACACUCUGAGGACCAUGUACUUCGCCUGAACCAGACUUAGCGUCGCCCAGCAGCAGCUCGGACAUCAGCGAGGAGAACGACCUCGUUAUGCAACCUAAAAACCAGCCAGCCAAGCCUCUCCUUCCACACCUGACAGGAGCCUUUCCUUUGCUGGGCUUGUUUUGAGCUUAAAGACCGUCGGAGCAGCCAGUAAAUUUAAAACUGAGGAUCUUUGGGUGCACAGAGCAGAACCAGCGAGGACCGACCUGCUCCGUAGCCUCGGCCGGUUUGUGUUUUAUGUUUGUUUGUGUGUUUUUUCAGCCUUUUAGAUCCUGUAUGUCGUCUUUCUGUCCUGGAAGCCUUAGCGCUGAUUCUUCUGUCUCCCUUUAAGCCUCAUAGUCCAUCAGUCAGACAGGAAGAAGCGUAACUCUGCACAGCACAGACACUGAAUGAAAACUUUUUAUUUUCCAAACGAGCCACGUUCAGCCAUCCUCUGAGGCCUUAAGACUGUUAGAAAACAAGGUGUUAAAACCAAACCUUCACGGGUUUUAACCUAAAGUUCAUGUUCAGCAAUAGUUUCUUUCUUCUGUCAACCAGUUUUUCCAAUUUUCAGACCAGUUUCUAUGUGAGGAACUCGAGCGGUGCAAUAAGUUGUAAGAGAAUCGGUUUGUCGUAGGUGAGUUUGUGACGUUGGAUUCAGGAACGUAGAGUUUGAAGCGGUGAAGAAGGAUCGAUGGCGUUUGAAGAGAUUAAACUAAAGUGCCUGAUUUGGUCAGAAAGCGGCGAGCUGGUUAGUUGGAAGGUUUUUAAAUCAUACGUUGGUUUGAAAAGACUCCGUUAACACAAAUCUGAACCCCAGAAAACUGCACAACUCGUCUCAGUUGAUCUCACCACCAGCCAAGAGUGUAAUUAUUUCUGAUUUCCUCAAGAUCUGGUCAUGAAAUACUCUUUGAUCAGAGUAGUAGAAGAUUCUGAUGCAGAAUUUAAAGCUCACAUUUGGUGUGAAUUUCACUUCUCAUUCUGACAUCGGCAUAAAAUAAUGAACUGGUUCUUUCCUCGUCGCAAAAUCAAUGAUUUGUGAUUUUAAAAUUACAUGAAUUUAACUUAUACUCACUUAUGGGUCAUUCCAGAACUGGAGGACAUUUUACGUCUCAUCCGUCAAAUGUCAAAUAAUCCAUGUUGAAAAUACUAAAAUUUGCAGUUGCAGUAAAUGUUCUUGUCCUGAGACCAAAUCUAAAAAAACUACGAGAGAAGAACGUUUUGGACAAAUUCUAAGUGAAUUUGGAUGGGUUUUGAGUCAUUUUGGACUAAUUUCAACUCAUUUCACAUGUGCUUUAGACAGAUUCUUAAUCAUUUUGGAUGAAUUUUGAAUAAUUUAGGACAUAUUUCAAAUCAUUUGGAACAAGUAUCAACUCAUAAUAGAAAUAUUUCAAGGGAUUUGGGACAACUCAAUGAGUUCUGGACAAAUUCUAAGUGAAUUUGGACAAGUUUUGAGUCAUUUUGGACUAAUUUCAACUCAUUUCACAUGUAUUUUAGACACAUUUUUAAUCAUUUUGGAUGAAUUUUGAGUAAUUUAGGACACAUUUCAAGUCAUUUGGAACAAGUAUCAGCUCCUGAUGGAAAUAUUUCAAGGGAUUUAGGAUAAUUGGAUGUGUUUUGGGCAAAUUUUAGGUUGUUUUGGACAAGUUUCGAGUAAUUUGGGUUUAGUUUUGACUUAAUUCACAUGUAUUUAGACAGAUUUAGACGAAUUUUGAGUCAUUUUGGAUGAAUUUGCAGUUAUUUAGGACAAAUUUCAAGUCAUUUAAAAUAUGUAUCAACUCAUAAUGAAAAUAUUUUCAGGGAUUUGGGACAACUCAAAGAAUUUUGGACAAAUUCUAAGUGAAUUUGGAUGGGUUUCAAGUCUUUUUUGACUAAUUUCAACUAAUUUCAUGUUUUUAGACAGAUUUAGACACAUUUUGAGUCAUGGGUGAAUUUUGAGUUAUUUAGGACAAAUUUCAGAUGUUGAAGAAAUUUCCCUCUUAGUCCUUUGAAGUUUGCUGUAGUGGGGUGUUUAUUGGUAUUCUGGCAUACGGUGGGCUGACCAACACAGAGCAUGAGUCUGUGAAUGUGAGCCGACCCAGAACAUUCUGAGAGUAGCCCUUUUAUAGGGAUGUCAGAAGGUGGAUCAGAGGGUAGGGAGGGGGCAGUAUGGAAACACAAGGGUGAAUAGUGGUUAAUGUGCCUGUAGUUGGUUAACAGACAGUAAGACAACAACUAAGAGCAAUUCAAUCAAAGGAUCUGGCAUAUAGAGGUCUGACAGACAGUAACAAUAAACAAAGAUAGCAGAAUAGGGGAUAACCGUGGGAAAUGGAAUGCAGGGGGUGACAUGUGACACUAGUUCCAAAAGGUGUGCUAUUUUCUUCAUCACAAGUCAUUUGGAACAAGUACCAGCUCACACUUUCAGCAUUUCAAGGGGUUUAGGACAGUUGGAUGUGUUCUGGGCAAAUCUGAAGUGGAUCUGGAUGAGUUUUGAGUAGUUUUGGAUUAAUUUGAUUUGAUUUCAGACUAAUUCUUUGGACUGUUUUCCAUCAGUCAGUUUGUCCUCUUGGUCAGCAGUAACAGCAGCUAAAUAUCUAGCUUCUACUGCUGAGAAAAAGAUCACAUUAGCAUGGAUUAGAGUAGAGUUAGCAAACAGCACAGAAAACAUGGAAGAAGAAGCUGAGCCCAUCAAUACCUAUUAUUGAUCAAUAUGGAGCAGAAAGGUUCAUUUUUCACACAUUUUGAAGCCCAAAUGUCCUCCAGGUCUGGGAUGAGCCUUACAUCUCAUUGCUUUUGGGAUUUAUUCUCAUUUCUUGUCAUUUUUACUGAGUUUUAAUGUGAGUCGUUGCACACAGUCUGAUUUAAAGUAAGAGCUAAAAAACAUUUUCAUUUUUAACUCUGUAACACUGAGAAUCCAAACUAUUUUAAUGUCUUAGGACGCCUUAAAAGGAGACUUCUGGAGAUUUGGGGUUGUAUUUUAGUCCGUUCAGGCAGAAAUGCAGACUUUUGAAUGAUCAUUUUCUGGAGGAAAAUGUAAACGUCAGCUUUGACUAUCAGAGAUUAAUUUAACGUUAAUAAUAAAGUACAGCCGUUUCUGAUUUUGUCGUCUUUUCUGGCGGCUCUUGUGCUUUAAAAUCUAGUCGUAUUUUCUGCAGUUAAGCUAAACAACCUGCUGCUGUCUUUUAUCGUGCAAAUGUGUUGGUACUAAAUGGUGCUAAAAGGCCUAAUGUUUGUGUAUGUCGCCUCCAUGAGAUUACUGGGCUGAAAACGCAUCCGCUAAAAAUGUAAAAAAAAAAAAACAACUUGAUGUAGUUUGACGCUCUGCAGUGGCUUUGUUUUUAUAAAUGGAUCUAUUUGAUUAAUCUGGGGUGAGAUCAGAAAUCAUUUCCACAUCAAGCUGUCAAACAUGUGAUGCAGCUAUAAAUGAAUAUCUGAGCCGGCAUUAGUGAAGCUUCAGACUGGAAACUCGUGUCCGUUGGUUUGCACUCGACCAGUCGAAGCCUUAGGGUUUCUGAGUCUUUAUCACUAAGCAGCUUUUACUUCCGGAGGAGUUUUGAGGUGGAAGUCACCAAAACAAACUGUAAAAUAUCAGAAAACAGCAACAGAGAGAAAUAUCUGUUCUGUAUAUUAUAUUUUUUCCCCACAGCAGAAGGCGGUGUGCUUUUAUUUUGGCGGACCAACAGCAUAAAACCCAAAGAUACAGUUAAUUAUUCUACUUUUUCUAAAAAUCCCAUCUGAAACUGGAGGAAGCAGCAGGUUUUCUUCUGGGGUUGAGACUCUUCUUGCCUUCAGUCGGUCGUGUCGCUGCUUUUCUGUCUUGGACUUGGUUUAAAUCUUUUUGGUUCCAUGUUUUGGACCAAACCAAUGUGCCUACAGGGGGCGCUGACCGGGCUCCGCUAUGAGAAAACAGAAGUUUAAAGGAUUCUGUUUAACUGCACUUAGAAACGGGUUUGGAGUUGGUUCAGAUUCUAUUUAAAUGUUUUAAUUUCAGACACUUUAGUCGACUUUAGGCCGCUUCUUCAUGUUGGACUUUGAUUUUACUCGAAGUUUGUUUCAUGGAGGUGAACCGCCGCCACACCAGGAAGAGAAAAACUGAUGAUUUUUUUGUUUUUCAUGCGAUAGGUUUCAAAUUAUUAGAACAGAACAUAGAAUAUUUUCCUUUUUCUAACAAAAUGCUGUUUAUCUGGUUAAAACUUGAGAUGUUUGGCGUCACAAUUGAUCUUUUAAGAGGCUCUACUUGAUGUUGGAGUUGAGAUGUUCGUUACAUUCUGCUGUUAUUGAUCCUGAUGGAGGAUUUGGUGACCAGUUAUGAGCCUCCAGUUAGAACAGAUUUUUCUUCCUGUACAGAAUCAGUCAUUAAAACGGCUCCAUAGCGCCACCUGGAAAAAUUCAAACAGGAACUACGACCAGGACGUGUCACCUACAGCUAUGAAAUUUGGUAGGCAUAUGUAAUCCAUCAAGACGCACAAAAAUGUAAUUGACGUCCAUACCUAAAACACAACAGGAAGUCAGCCGUUUUGAAUUAUGUGUCAUAUUUUGGCAGAUUUUGGACCAUUUUUUGGACAUUUUCAAAAGCUAUAAACUCAGACAGCCCCAACAGAGCUGAAGUUUGGCCCAGAUGUACAGCAGACAUGGGUGCCAAAAUGCUCCACAAACAUCUAAGGACGUGGAAAUGGCAGCUAAAGAAAUUUCGACAUUUUGCCAUGAAACAGGAAGUGAUGUAUAACUAGCCUGUAUAUGUUCCAAUCUGCCUCAAACUUUACAUGUUUGAUCAGACUCCAGCCAUCAUCACAUCCAUAGGAGAAAAAUACACUCUCAGUCGCAGCGCCACCUAGUGGACAUGCUUGGAUUCAGCAAGGAUGCGAGGACCCAACCAACGCUGCUUGCAGCUUUAAUUAUUACCAUUAUUAUUAUUAUCCAAUAUCUUCCGUUGUGUUUAACAGCAGAAUGUCUCAACAUGGAGCAGAACUUAAUCCAGUGACUCGUAUUCUUUCAUUUAUUCAUUCACCAUGAACCUCAUUCAAACAGCAGUUUGAACGUUUUUUUGAUUAAAUUUAAAAAAAAAAAGAAGUUUUCAUCUAAUAAUGUGACAGCGUCUUGUUAUAACGUGAAUAUAAAACAUAAAAAUGUCUAUUUAUGGUGCAAAAUCAUCUUGUUUUAAUGUGAAUUUAUUUUUUUUAACAUGAAUACAUCUUAUAUAAAAUCAAAGCAUCUUAUAACGUAUAUAUUUUUUAUGUCAAAACAUCUUGUUUUAACAUGAAUAUUUCUACUUAAAAUAUGAAAAGAUUUUAUUACAUACAUAUAUAUCUCAUAACAUGAAAGUGUGUUAAAUAUCUAAAAAUCAUAUUUAUCUAUCUAGAAAUGAUCUAUUUAUCACGUGAAAACAUCUCAUAACUUGUAAACAUCCUGUUAAAAGGUGAAAAUAUCUAGUUUCAACAUGACUAUAUUUUCUUAUAGCAUAAAAAAAUCUUAUGACAUAAAAAUUUCUUGCUAUAAUGUGAAAAUAUCUCAUCAUAAAAUGUUAAAACAUGAAAACAUCUGGUUAUAACAUGAAUAUGUCUUUAUUUAAUGUGUAAUUUUCUAGUUAUAACCUAAAAGUAUCUCGUUAUAGCAUGAAAACAUCUGGUUAUAACGUAGAAACAUCCUGUUACAACAUAAAAAUAUCUUGUUUUUGACUAAAACAUCUUAUUCAAACAAAAAACAUCUGGUUAUAACAAAAACAUCUGUCUAUAACAAACAUCUUAUUAAAACAAAAACAUCUGGUUUUAACUUAAAAAUAUCUUGUUUUUGACUACAACAUCUGGUUAUAGCAUAAAAACAUCUGGUUAUAACAAAAACAUCUGGUUAUAACAUGAAAACAUCUGGUUAUAACAUUUUAAAGUUUGUUACAAAGUGAAAACAUCUCGUUCUAAAGUGAAUUUUUUUUUUUUUUUGAACAAACUUCUCGCUCUAUAAAGUGAUUGUGAUCGGUUCUUAUUUUCCUGGAGUGGCAUCUUCACCCUGCUGUGGUUCUUCAGCAGUCGAGGAAUGUUAGUUUUAUUUCCAGAGAAUCACCUCAGAGCCUGAAGGCAGCUUCUGAUGCCUUUUCCCCUCAAAGCCAGAAGCAUUUUUCAGUCUGAAUGGACAAAUAUUUAUAUGUAGAGAUGCUAACGUGAUGCACAGACCACUUAUUUAUUCUACCAGAGUCCAGUUCGGAGCUCAUAGUUCUGUUUGUUUAGCCGAUGAACCAUCAGCCCUCCUUCAUUUCUUCAUCUCAUCAACGAGGCGACGGUUAUUUUUACUCUUUCUGUGUUUCCCAGAGGAGGAGGGUUGAAGGUUCGACUGUGCCUUUCCUGAUGGUGCUGAUUUAAAACAGAAUUGUUAUAUCGAUGCCUGACGAUGCUGUACGGAGCAUUUGUGUGUUCUUACCUCUGAUAUAUGCCAAGAACAGAGAAAAUAUGCAGAGCUGAUCGGUUUGGAGCUGACAGGACCAAAAUAAAAAGGCCUGGACUCUCAAGCACAACUUCAAAAUAAAAGCAUUUCUGGGUGAAGAUCAAACACUGUAGAAGUGAUGUAGCAUUAUUUAUUUAUUUCCCACUGACUGCUAGAAACACCUUUUCCUCCUUGGACGGCAAUAAUGAAGCUCCUGAUUCAUGGUUUUUGUCUUUUAAUGUGAAAUUCACACGUUUACAGACUUCACAACAAGAGCACCCGCAAAAACAAAUCUGUCGAGCUGCAUAUCGAAGAAGAAAAACAGAUGUUUGGGUUUCACGGUUAUUUCAUAUUAAUGUGCUUUUUGUUUGUGUGCCUGAUUAUGAGACUUCUAGAAGUAAAAGUGUAUUUUGUUUAACACUCACCUGAUCCUGGUCCGAAGUUGAGCCUUCUUAUUUGUCAUAUUUAAUUUUUGGAAUAAAUACUCCAUGUAUAAAAAUACUG